UUCUUCCGGUGAAAGUCAUGCUGUUGCAGUUCACAGUAGUUUAAUUUCGUUUCAUCAGACGCCGUCCUUCAAACAAUCGGUGACCCUUUAUAAAGAACCAAAGAUGUCACUAGAUUUGCCAGUCACUGACAUUACUUUAUUGCGUGGUGAUACAGGUCUUGGUUUCAACAUUCGUGGUGGAGUGGAUAUCCCCCACCUUCCAGGGGAUCCUGGAAUCUUCGUCACCAAACUCAAGGAAAAUGGGGCGGCUUAUCAAGAUGGAAGGCUAAAGGAGGGUGAUAAAAUAUUAGAGAUCAAUGGAACUCGAGUUGAGAGAGUUAGUCAUCAAGAAGCUGUUCAGACAUUUCUUAAUGCAGGCAAUGAGGUUCGACUGAAGGUGCAAUGUGGAGCAGAGAAGUACAUUCUGCAAAAGAUAGAAGAAAGGAAAAAGCAACAAGCAAAUUCAAGUUCUAUUUCACCUACAAAUAGAAAAUCUAAGUUUAGUGUAUUUUAUUUUCUACUUGGGGUAGGUUCAGCCAUUGGCAUAGCAUAUUUUGCUUAUAGAAAACUGAGGGGCGUACGAGGCAUGUUGUGAAGAAGUGUCUGUGAGGGUAAAGUCUAUAUUUCAGUUGUGUACAUUUUCUUAGGUAUCUUGUCACACUCAGAACCUAAAUAUCGUUUAUCCAUACUGGAAUUUGUUUCGGAGAUGUUCAUGUGAUUAAGAACAUUGAUGUAUCAUUUCUAGGUUGUUUUAUAUUUACUGCCGAUGGAAUAAUGUAUUACAUGUAUCAAAACGUAACUGGGUGAAUGGUGUAUGUGUAGUGUGCCACUUUGGUUAUUUAGUUACUGCUGUCGACUGCACUCUGACUUAGUUUAUGUGUCAGCCUGCCCUGAGUCAAGAAGACAACCUGUGUGGUGGGUGAAAUUUGCCUGGAGAAUAUAUGAAAAUCAAUACACAUGCAAUUUUCCGGACACACAUCCACCUUGUUUGUUUGAUGCUAGUAAUAUAGCCUUACACGACAGCGUUACUAUUUGAAAAAUAGGGCGAUAAAGCUCAAAAUGAGCAGAAAAAUUUACUCUGCUUGCAUUAAUGUAGUUUAAUAUGGUUAAGCCUCAAAGUAUAUCAAAUUUAUCCAUGAGUAUUAAAAAUUGGACUUCAACAUGAGUCUAAAAAAAUAAUAGUCUUGGUUCUCUGGCAAUGCCUGCAUCAUCAUAAAGUUUGCCGCACGUUUCGUGUUUUUUUCUGGGUUUUUUUUCUUAAAAAAAUCCUCAAAUAUUUCAAGUCCAAGAGUAGUCAAAUACUGUAUUCCAGUAAUUUACUCAUCAAGGAAUACUUUUAUGUAGUCCUUUACCAGGUUAAUUGUACACAACUGUUUAUUUGGUUGCACAACUCUUUAUUUGGUUACAUACUAGUUUGAAGAAAGAAAAAAAAGAAAAGAAAAAAGACACCUCCUUGGUGCACUAUAUUUUCAAAAGCCAUUGCCUGGGAACUAAUUCUUUUAUUUUUUUAAGACUAAGGAAGGAGCUUGUGCACAUCCCUUACGAAAAUGGCAGAAGGUGUCCUGAAUACUGCAUUCCUGUCCUGUUGUUAACAUAAGCCCACCCUCUAAGUUUUGAAGUUCAGCUAGCCUGUGUACCUUUACAUCAGAGGUAGAGGGCAGGUUCUAAUUUCUACUCCUGCAUCAGUAGUGAUAAAUACCGUAUUCGACGUAAUAAGCGCCCCGCUCUAAUAAGCGCCCACAGCGAUAUUUGCUAAUAGAUUGGCUAGUGAACAAUUCCAAUUAGCAACCCUACCGAUUGAUCAAUGUA